UCAGUGAUGGGCUGCAGGAAGUGAUGCAGGGAAAAUUCCCAUUAAUAUCCAGUCAAUAGAGGAAGAAAAAACCUUACGAAACUGAGUAUUCACAGGCUGGUUUCGCCAACUUAUUAUCUGGACAACACGUCUUAGCGAGUAAAGCAGCUGAGAAGAAACGGGCUGCAAGACAAAGGUCGAAAGCAAGAGAUAGAAAGCGUCCAGACAGGUGAUAUCUCGCCCCUCUGCCUUUGCCUAGCCUGUGUGGGACUUAGGUUCCGAUGUGUAGGAAGUGAUGAGUGGGUAUUUCACAAUAAUACAUUCCAUCUGCUUAGAAGCAGCACCGAUGGCAUGUUGAUGUGUACAGCAGGGCAGCAGCGGCUGUGGACGAGAGGGAGUUUGGCCUGAAGGUGGGAAACCUUUUCCUGAGCUGUUGCUUUCAACACCAUGGGCCAGUGCGUCACCAAGUGCAAAAACCCGUCUUCCUCGCUGGGGAGCAAGAGUGGUGACAAGGAGCCUGGUGGCAAGUCUCAAGGCAAGAAGAGCCACAAGGAGGAGCUGGGCCCCAGCAAAGCUUCUGGGGAUCUCCUUGCAAACGGCACCAAGAAGAUGGAGGUGAUCGAGACCACGCAACUUCCAGCCCCAUCAGGUGACACCCGGAAGGAGGAUCUGGUUUCCAACGGCGAUGAGUUUUCCGUGCACCGUAUUGAGGAGCUCUUCAAGCGAUACAAGGAUGAGCAGGACGACGAGAUCCUGGAGGAGGGAAUGGAGAGCUUCUGUGAUGACCUCUGUGUGGACCCCGCGGAGUUCAGGGUGCUUGUGCUGGCUUGGAAGUUUCAGGCAGCUACCAUGUGCAAGUUUACAAGGAAGGAAUUUGUGGAGGGCUGCAAAGCCAUCAAGGCAGACAGCUUGGAAGGGAUCCACACACGUUUCCCCUGCCUCCUGAUGGAGGCCAAGAUGGAAGACAAGUUCAAGGACCUGUACCGCUUCACCUUCCAGUUUGGGCUGGACUCCGACGAGGGCCAGCGGUCGCUGCACCGGGAGAUCGCCAUCGCUCUGUGGAGGCUGGUCUUCACACAGAACACCCCCUCCAUCCUGGAGCAGUGGUUGGACUUCCUGACAGAGAACCCCUCAGGGGUGAAAGGGAUCUCCCGAGACACUUGGAACAUGUUUCUCAAUUUUAGUCAGGUGAUCGGAACGGACCUCAGCAACUACAGUGAGGACGAGGCCUGGCCAAGCCUCUUCGACACCUUUGUGGAAUGGGAAUUGGAGAGGAGGAAAAAGGUUGAUGAGGAGAAUAAUAAAUAUACUGUGUCCCCAAGCAGCACAGAGAGCCUGACUGAGGAUCAGCAGGACUGAGUGACUGUGUGAUGAGCCAGUGUGCGUGUGUGUGUGAGAGUUGGACAGAGAGAGACAGACCUCUUGUUGUUGGAAUUGAGUAAACUGGGCUUCUCUCUUCAGACUUUGAUGAAGAUUAAUGUUGUUGUUGUUGUUGUUGUUAUUAUUGCUAAACGAGGUGGGAGGGAUGUGGGGGGGGGUCGGGGGGGAUCUUUCCAACACCCUUGUUUGCCUUGUCUUUUAAAAGGGCUCCAAAUACUGUAUCAUGUUUUUAAAGCACUUUUAUUUUGGAUCUGAUUUAAUUUAAUUCCCUUUUUAAUAUUUCAGUUUUUUUUGUUCACAACCCAGUGUCCCUCUCGUUUGCUAUUUAUCUAGAAGUAAAAUAAAAAAAACUUUGAAGCAGUACCUGUGUCUGCCUCUGAGUAGCACAUAGAGUAAAGUCUGACCUCUAAUUGCACAAUUUAUUUCUUUUAUUUUUCCCCUUUUAUGUAAGUUAAGUAAUGUUUUUGUAUUAUGAGUUGCAAAAGUGUCAACGUUGAAUUGCAUUUUUGACUGAGGGAUCAUGUAC